GGGUUGCUGGGGGCGUCGGGGCAUAAAAGACCACAGCCCUGACGCUGUGGCUACAAUCCUAAACUUGCAGCCAUGCCUGCGAUUGCCCUGUGCGUGCUGUGGGCCCUGGCAACAGCCGCCCGGCCCGCCCCGCCCGUCUCUGCCACCUCUCCCGGGGGUUCAGAGCCAGCACAAAACGAAGAGCUGACUCUGCUUUUCCACGGGGCCCUGCAGCUGGGCCAGGCUCUCAAUGGAGUGUACAGAGCCACAGAGGCACGGCUGUCCCAGGCAGGGCAGAACCUGGGGCUCUACGACCAGGCCCUGGGACUCCUGGGGCAGAAAGUCAGCAAGGGUCGGGAAGCAGCCCAGGAACUUCGAGCCAGCCUGGCGGAGAUGCAGAGGGAGGAGGACUUUCUGCAGCUGCAGGCAGAGGCCACGGCCCGGGUGCUGAGCGAGGUCACCCAGGCACAGUGGGCGCUGUGGGACAGCGUGCGGCAGCUCCAAGGCCAACUGAACGAUGCCAGGCUGGGCCCAGAAUUUGAGGCCUUAAAGGCUCAAGCCCACAAACAGAGCCACAUAGUGUGGGUUCUGGCCGGCCACGUGCAGCGACAGAAGCGGGAGAUGGCGUCGCAGCAGCACCGGCUGAGGCAGAUCCAGGAGAGAUCGCCCUCCCUAGGCUCCACACAGCGGCGCUGCCUGCCUGAGGCCGUCGGAGCAGAACCGAGGACCAGUUAUAAAGCGAGGGACAGCGCCAGGAUCCCCGCGCCCCUUGCGCACAGAGGAGCUGCCCGCCGCUGGGGUUGGCCAGGGCGCCGGUGCGGCUUCCGGCCCCGGAGCAGAGGCAGGGGCUGGCGGAGGCCGAGGCAGAGGACGUGGCCCGUCGGAGAGGGGCAGAGAACCCGUGUACCCACACACCCGCAUUAAAGCAGAACAGUGGCAUCUCA